UCUGUACUCCGGUUUAGGAAGUCUUAUGGAAGGGAACUCCCUGCUAUAAAACCACUCGUAACUGGCAAUUAGUAUAUAUAGUUCAAUGAUAGACUCCCCAGUUACUAACUGUCAGCCUACGCUUAUCUGAGCAGAAGUCAAUAUAACUCUUGAGACCCUCAAAGUAUUGCUAACAGGCAUAUUUCCUCCCCAACCUAAUGACCAGUGGACUCCAGAAAAAGGAAUAUCUUUCUGCGCAAUCGGGGCCCCGCAGGAGACACUCACUUGUCGGAAACAAAAACGAACGAGAAAUUUAAACCACAACCAACUACUAGUAAAACAAACAAGGGACACAAAAAAAAGAACCAUGGACACAGCCAUUGACCUUUCAGACGCCUCCAAGGCUCUGGAUCUAGCCAAUAUCCGGUUCCAAUUGAUCCGUCUCGAAGACACCAUCACCUUCCACCUGAUCGAGCGUGUUCAAUUUCCCCUCAACAAGCCCGUUUAUGUUCCCGGCGGCGUCAAGAUUCCCGGCGAUGACAUCCCUCUGAUGGAUUAUCUGCUCCGCGAGCAGGAACGUAUCCAGUCGCGCGUGCGUCGCUACCAGUCCCCGGAUGAGUAUCCUUUCUUUCCGGAUGUUCUUGAAGAGCCGAUCCUAGCGCCGCUGGAGUAUCCGAAGAUCCUUCAUAACAAUGAUGUGAACGUCAAUGAUAUCAUCAAACAGCGCUACGUUGAGGAUAUUCUCCCCGCUGUCUGUCCGCAAUUUGGACGCGAGGAUCGCGGUGAGACGCAGGAGAACUACGGGUCGGCUGCGACCGCCGACGUUAGCUGUCUGCAGGCGCUGUCUCGGCGCAUUCACUUCGGCAAGUUCGUGGCCGAGUCGAAGUUCCAGAAGGAGCCGGAGCGGUUCGUCAAGAUGAUCAAGGCGAAUGAUCGGGCUGGGAUUGAUGACGCUAUUACCGACGCAAAGGUUGAGCGGAAGGUGCUGGAGAGACUGGCGUUGAAGGCGAAGACUUACGGAACUGAUCCCGCUUUCCCGACGGAGACCGGCUCCAAGAUCAACGUCGAGGCCGUGGUUGCCAUGUAUAAGGAAUAUGUCAUUCCCUUGACUAAGGUGGUAGAGGUUGAAUACCUUAUGCAACGCCUGAAGGGAACCCAAUGGGAAUAAAUGAAUGAUGGACGAACCAUUACGAAGAUAGAACCAGCCAUUAACGCAUGAAUAUACUUAACCCCCCCAGAAAAGAAACCAUAGAGUUAUUAA